UUGAAUUCCCGUAGGAAACGGCUAACAUUUUUUCCAGCUAGCGGUGUAAAGGGGCCACUUUAUCAAUGGUCCUAAUUCGGUUUAAUGUUUAAAUACUUGUCUUCUCGUAACCCCGGACAGAGCAGCGACCUUUGAAAGGACUCACGACGGGCUCGCGGGUGUCGGUCACAUACUUGUAGGGGGGCUACCAGAGAGAGAAGUUGAAUGGAUCCGAGGGUAGCUUGGAUUCAGCCCGAACAGAAAGGACCUGCGAACGCCUUAUGGAUGCACGUCUGGGAGACCUCUCAGGGAGUACGGACCCUCUCCGCUCAGCACCAGCUCCACAACCAGAACCACAACCAGUGCGUCAGCUACGCCGCGUUGGAUGUUUUAAAAAAUGUGGCGACCGCGGUGGCAUCGAGCAAGAGCGCUUGCAGCAGCAGCAGCAACGGGAACGUUACUGGCAGCCUGAGCAACGGCAGCAGCCAUCACAGCAUCAUGAACGGCACUACGAGUAUUAACGGCACUGCGAUGCCCUCGCUGGGGAUAGCGCUGUCCAACGGCAACGUACACGGCUCCUUCACCGCGACAAACGCCGCCGAGCCAGGUGAGAGGAAAACCCUGCCCCAGAAGACGGGAUCCGUCUCCUCGUCGUCCUCGCAGGAAUCCGGGACGGACUGCCCCCCUUCCAGCUGCUCACUAGAGAGGACUAUGGGUGGAAAUAUAACGGGCAACGUUAAUAAAAACGUCGGGGGUGCCAAUCUGCUCUUCAGCGUGAGCGACAGCAUGGACAAUAAUGUCAAUCUUUACCACCACCAUCACCGUCACCUACAGGAGCACCCGGCGUUCAAUUUACAGCAGAUAUGCGCGAAACGCCACCAGCUUCACCCCUCUGUACCUGUAAACCACACACACAACCACCACCCGGGCCGGAGGAAAAGUGACAACAAAGCAAGCACUUAUGGGAUGAAUUACUUGCUUUCAAACUGCACUAAUGGCAAUUAUUCGAGCACUUGGACGCCCUGGAAGGCGAGGAAGUACAAUCCUGGGGUCCUCGGACUCCACGAGGAGGUGAUGGACUUCUACAACUUCAUGUCUCCUCGGCCGGAGGAAGCAGCUAUGAGGAAGGAGGUGGUGAACCGGAUAGAGAUGAUCAUCAAGGAGCUGUGGCCCACUGCAGAUGUCCAGAUAUUUGGCAGCUUCAGCACAGGGCUGUACCUUCCAACUAGUGACAUUGACCUGGUGGUGUUUGGGAAGUGGGAGCGCCCCCCGCUGCAAGAGCUGGAACAAGCCCUUCGCAAGCAUAACGUUGCAGAACCUUUCUCCAUCAAAGUGCUGGACAAAGCUACAGUGCCAAUCAUCAAGCUGACAGACCAGGAGACGGAGGUGAAGGUGGACAUCAGUUUCAACGUGGAGACUGGCGUCAAGGCGGCAAGCUUCAUUAAAGAUUAUGUUAAGACGUAUCCAGUGCUGCCUUACCUGAUCUUUGUGCUGAAGCAGUUUCUGCUGCAGAGAGAUCUGAACGAAGUCUUCACUGGGGGGAUCAGCUCGUACAGCCUCAUCCUCAUGGUCAUCAGCUUCCUACAGCUCCAUCCUCGCAUCGAUGCCAGAAACCCCAACGAGAACUUGGGCGUGUUGCUGAUCGAGUUCUUUGAGUUGUACGGCCGCCAUUUCAACUACUUGAAAACAGGGAUUCGCAUCAAAAAUGGAGGCGCGUACAUAGCCAAAGAGGAGAUCAUGAAGGCCAUGACAAACGGAUACAGACCAUCCAUGCUCUGCAUAGAGGACCCGCUGCUUCCAGGUAACGACGUGGGGAGGGGUUCCUAUGGUGCCAUGCACGUCAAGCAGGUGUUUGACUACGCCUACACUGUCCUGAGUCACGCCGUGUCCCCGCUGGCUCGGUCGUAUCCCAACAAAGACUCUGAAAGCACCUUGGGCAGGAUAAUCAGGUUGACCCAGGAAGUGAUCGACUACAGGGAAUGGAUCAUUAAGAAGUGGGGGGGCAGGGAUCUGACACGGACGGACAACAGAGUUUCACCUCCCAAGGAGCCGUUGUCAGAGCAGGAGCCCUGUGUGCUCGGUGGUGGUGUCGGGUCGGAGGAGCAGCAGAGGGACUCAGUGUCCCCCCACAGUGCAGACUCCCCCAUGUCAAUCUCCAGCCCUCAGCAGCACUCCUCAGCCUCCUCUGUCUCCUCGCUGUCUGGAUCAGACAACGAUUCUGAUUCAGCGCUGCCGUGUCCCGUCCCUCCUCCAGCCCUGCCACCGUACCCGUCUUUCACACAUCUGGGCCUAGCUCUGCCACCAGGCCUCAACAUGGGCACCGGCAAACCCGGCAUGGGAGGACACCAUCUCCUCUUGCAUCCAGGCUCACAGGCUCGUGUCGCACUGCCCGGGGGUCUACCAAUGCACUCCAUACCUGGCAGACAGGUGUGUAUAGACACCGGGCUCCCCCCCUUCUUCCACAUGCCCCCCCCAGCCCAUGCUCAUGCCCCUGCCCCCUCCAGCCCCCAGCCUCCGCCCAGCCCCCACUCCAGCCACACACACAAGAACGGAGCCAAGUUCAGCGGGAAGGGCUUCCACACCACGCCGCUGGUCAACAACCCUGUUAUGGCUAACCGCGGACACACACACACUCACACGCACACACAGUACCACCGCAACACUUGGCGACGCAGAAAGAGGGACAGCCUACCGGUCAGCCUCAGCAGAUAGAAACCACUCCUCUUCCCCCACUUUUGCUCCCUCUCCUCUCCGGCUGCAGAACCCCGGCUCGUGGUUGGUCCUGAAGGAGGAUGGACGGACGGACGGACGGACGGAGGACCAGAGACCAGCAGUAUUCACUCUGGAACAACAGCCCUCAGCUCUGCAUCUUCCUUCUACUAUCUCUACCUUUCCAUUUCUGCAUGACUUUUGUUCGCUGUUUUGUAGUUUCAGUAUUAUUUUACUUUCAGUAUUUUGUUUCCUCAUUUUUAGUUUCAGGUCUCGUUGUUUAUUUUUGUCGGACUCGGUGGUGACGCCAUCGCCAAGUUCACUUGACCUCGUCUUGACCCUCGCAGCCAAGCUGCCCGUGGCUCAGUGUUACUUUUUUUUUACACACUUACGAACAAAAACAUUUUCAUUUUGUGCAAUAACGUUUUUUUUUCUUUUUUGGAACUAAAGUAAAUGCUUAUUUAAUUUUGUGUGUGUAUAUGUAAAGGCAUUUUUAUACAGUUGUUUUAUUUUUGUAGAGUUUUAAAUUUUGUUUACGAAACCGUUCCCCAGGCAGCAUCUCUGGAGUGUGUGUGUUCCUCAGUUGUUGUUUCUGUGCGUGAUCGGGAGUGUGUGCACCUGUCUGUCAUCAGGCUGAGCUGCCCUCCCCCUCCUUCUCUUCUUCUCCCCUCUUUAAUUGUGUUGUUCAGUUUGAUAAGGAGCAGAGGGAACAGAAAGGGAUACGCAGCUCUUAUCUUGAUAUUCCUUCCAUUUUGCUUCAUCUGUCUUGUGAAAAUGGGCGAGGUUAACAUGAAAUUCCUUCAUGGAAGUCUUGUUCUUCAGCCCAGUUAGUCGAAGGCAUCCUGGAGGGAAGUGGAGGGAUGGAAAUUGCACCCUGGGAUAUCCUGAGAAACGAGAGGAAAGGACGGGAUUGUGUUGUGGCCUCCUGAGCAGAUACAGCUUUAGCGGUGCCACCUCGAGACUGUGUGUAUUUGUAUAUCUCUGUAUGUAUGUGUGUGUGUCCCUCAUGGGACUGUGCUGUUGCCAUAUUUUGUCAGUCAGGGGAAGGCUGGCAGUGGCCUGCUGGUUUUGUCUCGGCCAUCUUUCUCUCCUCUGGAGGUGAUUUUAAAAGCGAAGCCUCCAGACGGAGCAGAAUUUGACCUGAAAGAGCCUCUUCUGUUGAACAUAUAUGCUUGUGUUUUCAUUUUGUGCUUGUCUCUUUUUAUUACGUGUUGUAGGAGGGUUGGGCCGAGAAGGCAAAAGCUUAUCUGACUUGAAUUCGAAGACCCAGACUAGGGUGAGAGGGCAGAAAGCCUCUGACUCGAGGUUCAGAGAAAUCCUAGUUUCUCUAGUCAAGGGACACGGUCGUGGAAAUCUGAUCACAGGGCUGAGGUCAACUCCGGCCCGCAGCUGUAAAUCAGUGCAGACCAACACUAAAACGCUCAGCGAUAAGGUUUUCUCCUUUGUGGUCCUGGACAAAGGAGGAGGAGGAGGGAGGGGUGGUCUUCCUGAACCAAGGACCCUCGUGAAAGGGAAUUAUAUUUUGAUUCCAUUCAGGAAUCUUGUGUAUAUUUGAUUGCCAGGUACUUCCGCUAAUUGUUUGCAAUGCCUUUCUUUGUGUUUACUUGGAGUGUGUGUACGUCGUUUUCCGCGAGCACACGUGUCACAAAUACACACACUCACAGACAGGACUGUCGAAGGCUGUGACUCGCCCAGAACACUACGCACGCUGGUGUUAUUACUAUGCAAGUGGAUUAUUCUAAUUAUCACGUCAGCUCUCUCCUCUUUCCUUUUUUUCCUCCAAACGACAAACACUGCUUGUUGGACUGGAGUUACUUACUGACUACAAACCCAUCCCCCCCCCCCACCUCCCCCGGCCCCUUGUAUUUGUACGGAGGUCCUGAAAUGUUUCAAAGUCUAGUUUUCUACAUAUAUCAGUCAGAUGUGAGGAAUGGGGGAUGUUAAUGUCAAUGGUUGGGUCUGUGUAGUGUGUGACAUAGUGAAACGUGUGUGAGAAAGUAUCGAGACUCAUGACUCGCCUCAACAGGUUUUUAAAUCAGACGGUUCGUGAGCGAGUGCACCCAGAGAGCGACUUGCACUCUGCAGGUGCACCUCAGGAGGGGUCAAAGUGUCCACCAACAAUUCUUUACUUUUUACUGAGACUCUGUUCAGUGCUGUUACACUAUUGUUUUUAGUUUUAAAUCAUGGCAACUCUGAUCCCUCAGUCAGAACCACACCUGGCAUCAACUCAGUCUGAGAUGAAGGGUUUCUGUUUUGACCGGUGGCUCACAGGCGGAGCAGAUUAUGAGCUAAUCAUCACCUCCAGAGAAAUUCCUUUCAUGUUUUAUAAUUUGACCAACAAUAAAAACCAUUAUGGAUGCCUCACUGUCGUACACUCACGAUGUUACGCCCUGUGGAUGGUUAUUUCCAUCUGCAGGAAGGUGAUCAUGUUGGUGCAUGAAAUGCAAAGUCCCAGCCCAAAAUAAAUUGGAUAGCAAGGUGGAUGUAGUUUGACGCUACAUCUCUGUCAGCCAUGCUUUUAAAGAUUAGAACCAGCAUUGAUUAAAGGCUGAAGAUGAAAUUGCCAAUGAAAGGUUGUUGACUGGGUUCGAGUUGCCGGCAUCUCCACAGCAAAGACUUGACGAUGGAUUAAAAUCUCUGUGCAUCUCAGCGGCCCCUCGCAGCUCACUCUCUGCGUGCACUCUUUCUGUCCUGCUCCGUCUUCACUUCUCCAGUGUGGUGUAAGCAGCAGGAAAAGGAAGCAGCAGCAGAGAGCGGGCUGGGGCCGCGGAGACUUUGGCGUACACAUGUACAUGUAGAUGCAAUGUAAUAUGACCCUCCAUUGCAACACAAUGAGGGAUUUUAAAACUGGCGGCUGCUGUCUAGAGAAGAGUGGCAGCCGCUCUUUGUCCUGGCUGAUUCAUGUGAGCAGUGGCCCCUCCAGAUGGACACUGAGCCACCAGUGGCCGGAGGAAACCACUGCCCAGCUUUUGGUUGUUUUUUUUUUUUGUUUUGUUUUAUUUUUUUGACAUUUUUAUGUAAAUAUAUUUUUUUCUAUUUUAUUUUUUAAUAAACAUUUUAAA